AUGGCUAGCGUCGACUCUGGUGGGGAUAUUAGCGCAGUGGCUGCAGAUGCUACCAAGUCGCAACCUGAGCACCCUUCCAAACGACAAAAGAUUUCAAACACUCAACGAUCGAGCCUUUCGAAUACUGUCGAACAUCAAGCUAUGGAAAAGGCCAAGAUGGCUGAUGUAAUUAACAAUUUCGGUGUCAUUGAUGGUAACCGAACGACAUCAGACAGCCGUGAAGCUGACGUCGGCAUCCUCCAUUUUGUCAACACCUCUAACCCUGGAUUUUCUGGGACGUUAAAAAUGAGAUAUACCGACUUUUUGGUCCAUGAGAUUGCGCUUGAUGGUACUGUGGUGCAUCUCACUGAUGACAAGGCCCCAGUCUUCAAACCCCUGUCUUCAAAGGGUCCACUCACCGAAGCCCAGAAGUCUGUGUCUGAAACUACCGACACUUCAACUGCCAGAAACCCCGAGGAAAAGGCUAUCUCAAGGGGCCCUGAAGCUACAGUCACCCUAGCAACGCUAUCACCAGAAACUUCUAUAGUAGAGGCCAAGACAACCGAGCAAACGCCCACCUCGAACGGAAGCGAUCCGAAUGCCGCACUGCCAACUAUUCGAAGCCAUGGCGAUUCAGAUCCUACAGAUUCCUCCAGCACUUCCAAAGCCCAGCCUAACGAGGCCGGAUCUCUUAACGCAAUAGCUGAAUCAAUCAGUGGCCCUGAUACUCCUGAGAACCGCCAAUUGUUGAAUAGCUACUUUAACUCUGAUUUGACAGAUGAGAUCUUCAAGUUAUAUUGGAAAGUCCUCUCGAAACCCAGCGCCAAGCCAGCCUCAUUUGGAAAUAUGCUUUCUGAGCCAAUCACGGACCGACCGCUGCGUGGCCGCAUUCAUAGUGAUAUCCGUCGCAUUUUCAAGGCUCGAUUGGAAACAGAGGCUGUCGAAGAAAGCAAAAUAAUGAUCACUGCUGCUCGCUCAGUCCAGCCCAGCAAGAACAGUAAACCUCGCCAGCCAAAUCCACGCGCGCAGAACCGGCCAGGUCAGACAAAAGGCAAGAUUGGAUGGGACGAGCUGGGCGGGCAGUUCCUCCAUUUUACCCUACAUAAGGAGAAUAAAGACACCAUGGAAGUACUUAGCUUUUUAUGCCGUCAACUCAAAGUUAAGCCUCGGGACUUCGCAUUUGCAGGAACGAAAGAUCGCCGAGCAGCUACAGUUCAGCGUGUCAGUGUUUACAGACAAAGAGCCGAUGCUCUGGCCAAGCUCAACCCUACUCUGCGAAAUUCUCGACUAGGAAAUUUCAAGCAUGAAAAGAAUCGUCUAGAGCUAGGAGAGCUUGGGGGCAACCAGUUCACCAUUACACUUCGUGAUUGCCACUUCCCUAACGAAAGUGGAUUGGACGGAUCUAGUAGGCUUGCCCUCGCAGAGAGGCUUGUACGCGACGCUGCGCAACACCUCCAAGCAGAUGGGUUCAUCAAUUACUUUGGCCUACAGCGCUUCGGCACAUUUGGCAUUGGGACUGACGAGGUAGGCAAGAAAAUCUUGCAAGGCAAUUUCGAAGGCGCCGUAUGGGCGAUUUUGUCCUAUAGCAAUGAAGCCUUGGCUGGUGAAUCGGCUUCAGGAGGUGAUGUGCACAUUUCCGAGCAGAUCAACAGAGAUGAUAUAGAUCGUGCCCACGCGAUUCAUUCCUUCAAGAUGACUGGAAAGUCGAAGGAUGCUCUGGACAGACUGCCGAGGAAAUUCACCGGCGAGACAUCCUUAAUCAGAGCACUCUCGACAAGCAGAAGUAAAGAUUACGUCGCAGCCCUCUUACAAAUCCCAAGAAACUUAAGAACCAUGUAUGUUCACGCAUAUCAGUCUCGGGUUUGGAAUGUGGUUGCAAGCGAACGCUGGACUCGGUAUGGAUGUAAGGUUAUUAAGGGUGAUCUUGUAUUGGUCGCAGCUCCAGCUGCAGCUGCAUCCUCCAAUCGCGAAGAUGUCGAUGAGACUGGCGAGAUUGUGGUCCACCCAGCAGCAGACGACAUUGCUGUCAGUCACGAUGAUCUCUAUGAGCGGGCGAGACCUCUUACAGCUGAGGAGGCAGAGAGUGGCAAAUACACAGUUUAUGACAUCGUGCUACCAACUCCAGGGUUCGAUGUUGAAUAUCCUCUUAAUGAUAUCGGCGACUUUUACAAGGAGUUCAUGGGUAGUGAGGCUGGUGGCGGCCUCGAUCCGGCAGAAAUGCGUCGGAAGCAGAAAGAUUUUAGUCUGAGUGGAAGUUAUCGGAAGCUGAUGGCCACAGUUGGAAAGGAGAUGACCUACGAAAUCAAGAGUUAUCGAGAAGAAACAGAACAAUUAGUAGAGACUGACCUGGAGAAGCUUGACAAAUCGAAGCCAAAGUCAGCAAACAAUCAAAAUGCCUUCAGCUCCAGACAGGCCCAAGGUGCGGCAGGUUACCAGCAGCCACGCCGUGCCAAUCUCCGCGUUGGUAUCACCAGGAAUGAGGAGACCAAACAAAUGAAGGAGCGCUAUCUAGGUAGUGCUGCACACAAUGCAUGGCUCGAUGCUCCGGCGAUGCUUGCGGCCCAGGACGAAGCCCGCGCUGAAGCUGAGGAGAAGGCGAAGCUAACCGCUAAGCCCAUCGAUCCCCGCGACAUCGUGCAGCCAAUGAUCCAAGAUACCUUCAUCGAGACGUCAGCUGAAAACGAGGGAGAACGUACUGGCAAAGUAACAACUAUCGUUCACGAGGCUGAGGGUCCCAAGGGCGAAGCUGCUAAGGAACCAGCAUCAGGCAUUCCAUCUCUGAUUACAGCGACGACACUUAAUUCAACUCCAAGUGGCCGCUCUAUGCCCUCCGACCCGUUCGCUCCAUUUAGGUUAACUGAAACCGAAGACAUGAUAUCUCUUCCUGAUCUUUCUAAACUGAAAUCUGAGCCGACUUCUAUCAACACAUCGGUGAGCGCACUGGAAGACUCUAGCGGUGGUGUUCCGUUGGUAUAUGCACCCACAACUUCGGAAAAACAGCCUGCUAGCGAGAGUUCUAUCCAGCCAGUGGAUAUUGAGAUGGGGGGUAUAGAGCCCGCUGAGAAUACACAGGCAGUGACUCAGCUGCCUUGUGUAAAUCCUACGACUGACUCCACGCCUCUCAAGCGACAAGCAAAUGACAUCCCCGAUGUUCCGGUGCCUCAACCAGCGAAAAUUGCCGUCAUCCUUAAAUUUACGCUUGGAGUUAGCCAGUAUGCCACAAUGGCCUUGCGCGAGCUCAUGAAGGCGGGUGGUGUCAAGACGUACAAGCCCGAUUACAGCGGCGCUCGAUAG